AUGAUACGCGACCUCAUCAACAAAGUGGCUAAUCGCUUGUCGACCUCCUCCAUUGCACUGAUGCCACCAUCCGACGAAUGGAUCGUUGUCAAUCGCAAUGCCAACAGGCGCAAGGUCGCGAAGCGUAAACAUGGAAAUGCAUCUGUUCGAAGAGACGCGGGGAAUGGGGACCACGACGACGACGACGAGCCAGAAAAAGAUCCCCAAGAGAUCCGAGCUCAAGUGACCACGUGUUCACAGAACAUGAGAAAGAGCCAAUUUUACGAGAAUUUGGUGCGACUUUGGGCUUUGUUUUUAUCGGCAGCGGAUGAUAAGGAAGAGGAAGCCUCGUCGUCGGCUGUGAUUGUGGAUGAAAUUGUCUGCUAUGGAAUUGGCAAUUUUGCACGACGAUAUCCCAACUACUCGGGACCUCUGUGGCAGCUGGCAUUGGCUCUAGAACUGCAGGCAAUCAUCUUACAUGAUCACGCCGACCAGAGAAUCUGCUCCAUGGUGUACUAUGAUCCUCUGGUGACCGUUGUAGAGCGACAAGUACUUCAAGAAGCUUACAACAUGGAAGUAUUGAUGCAAAAUGAAAAGGGCAAGCGAAGCUGCCACCAACAAUCCACUAGUAUUACUUCUCUCUUUUUCAUGCCUCAUUGUCCCAGGGGUUUGUAUGAAAACGUUCUAUGGGCCAACUGGGGUCAAUUGCAGCAAAACCCAAGGGCACUCUGCAUUGUGGGAAAUUCACUGGCUACCUAUGUGGACCGGGAUGACAACAAAGACAGCGAGGGCGGGAGCUGCCUGGAAUUGAUACGGCCGUUUCUACGAGAGCAGCUCAUUGCGUUUUCCAAAAAAGAUGUGAGGGACAUGCCAGGGCACUUUGAAGCUGCUUUUAAUGAUACCUAUCUGACAUGGUUUGAUAGCAGUCCUGUAUCCACAGGCAAAGAUGGGUCUUCUGUUGCUUCUGGCAGUGGUUGGCCCCAAAGACCUGAGCUACCGAGCCAAGAGGGACAAGAGGAAGUUGUUUGAUGAAUGCGGGUAAUCACAAUUAGCCAUUUAAGUCAUUGCUAAACUACUGA